CACUUAUCUGCUGUGCCAAUAAUCUUCCGCCAUUUAUGUCUACUGAUGUACUGAUCCGUACAAUUUUAAACGUCAUACGCAGACCCAGAGGCAGUAGCAGGGGCGGACUGACAACUCAUGGGGCCCCCGGGCAAUUGGGGAUCAUGGGGCCCCUGUGUCCUUGCCCAAACUCAAAAAAGCCUAUGAAAAAGGUACCAGGGGCAUCUCAUGAGGCCUCCUACUGACCCUGGGCCCUCGGGCAGUGCCCGAGUUUCCAAAUGGUCAGUCCACCCCUGGU